UUCCAGAGCAACGAGGACGAAAGAAAAAGUUUGAAUCUUUGGAUGAGAGAAUGUGGAGAAAACUAGAAGCUCUCACUCAUCUUCUUCCCCACAGAAGAGGAAGAGCCUUCUCCUCAACACCUGAAAUCCCAACCCUCUACUCCUUCCUCCAACCUUCAAUCUUUGCCCUCAAGAGGGACCCACCUCCCUCCUCCUCCCUCCAAUCCCACGGCGACCUCCCAACCCCGCCGCCCAAAACCCUCUCCCCCGACCACAUCGCCGCCCUCGAGACCGCCCUCCACAAGUCCCUCAUAACCCACGACACCGAUGAGGCCUGGAAGUCCUUCAAGACCUUCACCGGCACCUCCGCCUUCCCCUGUAAGUCCCUCACCAAUUCUCUAAUUACCCAUUUGUCCUCGCUCGGGGACAUUCACAAUCUCAAGAGGGCUUUUGCCUCGACUGUUUAUGUCGUGGAGAAAAACCCAGGAAUUUUGGAGUUUAAAACUGUUGGGAUUGUGUUGGAUGCUAUGAAAUGUGCCAAUACUGCUGCCCCUGCUUUUGCUUUGGUUAAAUGCAUGUUCAAGAACCGGUUUUUCUUGCCGUUUAGUGUGUGGGGCAGUGUUCUGGUUGAGAUCAGUAGGAAAAAUGGUAACUUUGUAGCGUUUUUACGGGUUUUUGAAGAGAAUUGUAGGAUUGCUUUGGAUGAGAAGUUGGAGUUUAUGAAACCGGGUUUGGCUGCUUGUAAUGCGGCGUUGGAGGGGUGCUGUCGUGAGCUUGAAUCAGUGCGUGAUGCCGAGAAAGUUGUUGAGACGAUGGCGGUUUUGGGUGUUCGCCCAGAUGAGUCGAGUUUUGGUUUUCUUGCUUAUUUGUACGCAUUGAAGGGUCUGGAGGAAAAAAUAACUGAGUUAGAGGGAUUGAUGGGUGGGUUUGGUUUUUCGGAUAAAAGGAUGUUUCGGAGUAGUUUGAUUAAAGGCUAUGUUAAGUCCGGAAAAUUAGAAUCUGUUUCAGCAUCUAUUCUGCGUUGUCUGAGUGAAGGAGAUGGCGAAUGUUUGAAUUUGGGUGAAGAAACUUAUUGUGAAGUUGUUAAAGGGUAUCUUGCAAAUACAGGUGUGAAGGAGUUAGCAACUUUGAUCAUCGCAGCUCAAAAGUUAGAGUCUUCAAGAGUCGAUGUUGAUAGAUCAGUUGGGUACGGUAUUGUUAAUGCCUGUGUUAGUAUUGGAUUAUCAGAUAAGGCGCACAGCAUUCUCGAUGAAAUGAAUGCUCAGGGGGGUUCUUUGGGGCUUGGUGUGUAUGUGCCAAUUUUGAAAGCUUAUUGCAAAGAGCAUAGAACUGCUGAAGCCACUCAACUGGUCAUGGACAUUAGUAAUUCAGGGCUCGAGUUGGAUAUGGGGACAUAUGAUGCUCUAAUCGAAGCAUCCAUGUCCAGUCAAGAUUUUCAGUCGGCCUUUUCUUUGUUUAGGGACAUGAGAGAAGCAAGAAUAUCUGACUUAAAGGGCAGUUACCUAACCAUAAUGACAGGUUUAAUGGAGAAUCAUCGGCCAGAGCUAAUGGCUGCCUUCUUAGAUGAGGUUGUUGAGGACCCUCGAGUUGAAGUGGGUACCCAUGAUUGGAACUCAAUUAUUCACGCCUUUUGUAAAGCUGGGCGACUAGAAGAUGCCAGGAGGACUUUUAGAAGGAUGAUUUUCUUGCAGCAUAAGCCUAAUGAACAGACAUAUUUAUCAUUAAUUAGUGGGUAUGUUUCUAUGGAGAAGUAUUUCAGUGUGCUGAUGCUAUGGCAUGAGGUGAAGAGAAAUGUUUCGGUUGAUGGAGAGAAGGGUAUUAAAUUUGACCACCAUAUGGUUGAUGCAUUCCUCUAUGCUCUUGUUAAGGGAGGCUUUUUCGAUGCAGUAAUGCAAGUUGUCGAGAAAUCUCAAGAGAUGAAAGUCUUUGUGGAUAAGUGGAGGUACAAGCAGGCAUUCAUGGAAACCCAUAAGAAGCUUAAAGUGGCAAAGUUGAGAAAGCGAAAUUUCAAAAAAAUGGAAGCACUUGUUGCAUUCAAGAAUUGGGCUGGUCUGAAUGCAUGAACUCCAGUCAGUGGCAGGAGCAGGUUUUGUCAAUUUGAGCUUCUGCUCCCAGCUCAACUGCAUUUCAAAAACUUAAAAGGGAAAUGUGGAGAAGGAACACGGCACCGUCUUUGGAUUUGGAUUCUCCGGCUGAAUGAACAACACAAGUGGUUAGUUCUUCGAUAACUGACACCAAUCAUGGUUUAUAUGGUUUCGAGAUUGUAUUGAAACAUUAUGUCAUUGGGCGUUGAAGGAGAUGUAUGACCAGUAAGAGCUCCGGCUUGCUUGUGUUAACUAUCACAUUGCUGGAGGAUUCUUCUGUCGCGGAGGAGUGUAUGUGACAAGAAGUUCUUUGGGAGUACGAAAACUCUGAUCGCUAGAUAAGGAUGAGGUGAAUCCAUGAGUUUGACGAUCAUAUUUACUUGAUGAAUAAUUGUCGCAAACAAGAAGAUUUCUAAAUCUGAUGCAGUGGAACGAAGAACUGCCUCGGUUUUUCUCUUGAGUUGUUGAAUAAAGAGCCAACUCAGCCUAGCAAACCUCAUCAUAUUUGCAGGUCGUGACUGAUGUGGUGGAACGAAGAAGUGCAUUGGUAUCCAAGUACAUAAAUGUCACCACCUUUUUUCCAAACCAUCUGAAUUUCUGUAAGUCUUUGACAAAUAAUGGCUGAAUAUUAAUACAAGUAAUCCGAUUUUAAGCAAUCAAUGAGCAGUUAUUUUCAUUUACCA